AUGCCUAUAGAAAUAUUAUGGGGAUUUAUGAGCAUACACCGGGGGGACUUUGAUAAAUGGUCUUCUAUGUGGAAGAUGAGGGUACCUCCAAAAUGGAAGACAUUCUUGUGGAGGGCAAUUUGUGAUAUUCUCCCUACAACUACUAAUUUGAUUAUAAAGAGGGUGGAGGUGGAUCCUACAUGCCAAAUGUGUGGUUUGGCUCAUGAAGAUGUUAUGCAUGCAUUAGUUACUUGUGAAUAUUCUAGACUUGUUUGGAAUGUUUCACAGCUACCUAUCACAAAUAUUGGUACCAACUCAUUCCCCUCAUGGCUAACGAGUGCACUUACAACAUUGACAGAGGAGCAGAGUGGACUCAUGGUAGCAGUAUUGUACCAGUUAUGGAGGAGUCGCAUCUCGGCAAUAUGGGAUGGUGCCCUCCCACACCCCACCGGCGCAUGGAGGAGAGCGGCAGCAUCCAUCAGCUCAUUCCGACAGGCCAACCAACGACCCUCCCACCCCAUGCCGGUUGCAGCACCGGUAAACGACAAUCACGCCAGACCGAGAUGUUAUAUAGAUGCUGGUUUCCAUCAGGCCACUGGAAAGGCAACCUUCGGCAUAGUACUACUAUCGCCGGACGGCUCCUUUUUUGCGGUGCGAAACGGAAAACUACCAAUUUGUUUCUCGCCACUUAUGGCAGAGGCUCUAGCAUGUAUGGAGGCCCUAUCCUAG